AUCAGUAGGCAGACUGCGGCCAGUAGAGGAGGGCAGCUAGCGCUCUGAUCCCCGGGACUUUCUCAACUGUUUACCGCCUGCUUCUCCACCACCACACCGGCUGCUUCACCAUGGACAUGAAGAAGAGGAUCACCUUAGAGCUGCGGAACCGGAGCCCGGCAGAGAUAGCAGAGCUAGUGGUGGACAACAGUCGCUCUGCAGACGGGGAGGUCGAAGGUCUGACGGACGAGUUCACGGAGCUGGAGUUCCUCAGUAUGGUCAACGUGGGUCUGAGCUCGCUGGCUAAGCUGCCCUCACUUCCCAAACUACGCAAGCUGGAGCUCAGCGACAACAACCUGUCGGGUUCUCUGGAGACUCUGUCGGAGAAGUGUCCCAACCUGACCUACCUCAACCUGAGCGGGAACAAGAUCAAAGAGCUGAGCACCGUGGAGGCUCUGCAAAACCUGAAGAGCCUGCAGAGUCUGGACCUGUUCAACUGUGAGAUCACGUCUCUGGAGGACUACAGGGAGAGCGUGUUCGAGCUGCUGCCUCAGGUCACCUACCUGGACGGCUUCGACCAGGAGGACAACGAGGCGCCAGACUCUGAGGCCGACGAUGAAGACGAGGACGGCGAGGACGGGGCGGGGCCGACCGGAGAUUACGAUGAAGACGAUGAUGAAGAGGAGGAUGAGGACGGCUCAGAGGGAGGAGAGGUGGGGCUGAGCUUUCAGGUGAACCGGGGCGAUCAGGACGAGGACGAGGAAGACUAUGCAGAGGAGGAGGAGGAAGAGGAUGCGGCGGGCGUUCAGGGACAGAAGAGGAAGAGGGACGUGGACGACGAGGGCGAGGAAGACGACGACGACGAGGACGACUAGUCCUCCAGCCGAGCGUUGUCUGUGUGUCGUCCUGUCCCGUUUCUGUCCGUCUCAGUCCACCUCCGGACCCGACCUCCGCCAGACAGCAACCACGGCAACCACGGCGCUGCGACCCGAGAUAGUUGGUUUCAGUUUGUAAUAGAAUCACGUGUUUAUUUUUAGAUGAUAUAUGAGAUUUACAGAGAAAGAUUUUAUCUGAACUCCUCACGUUUCCCUUUAAAACCUGGUUCAGGAUCAAAGCUUGUGUCUGCCUCCUCUCCACAUCCUGGACUCUGGUCCUCGUCUCAACGUCUCGCUGGACGGCUGAAGUCCGGCCGCAGUUUUCUGGUUCCUGACUGGAUUUCGGUGUGAUUUUGGCUCCUGCUUGUCCUCCCAGAAACGGGGAGAUUUCUUUCACAGCUUCAGGGACAGCAGCUCUUCUCCUACUGGCACUAAAGGACCUUCUGAUGUAGAUUUGUGCUUAAGUCCAGUGCAGAUUCGAGAUCCGUUCGUCCCACAGAUGCGCCUUUAAAUCAGAGACGAAAAAUGCUGAUCGCUGCACAUGAUUUAUUUUAUUUAACAUGAUCACUGCACAUGCACAUAAAAUUGCAAGUAGCUCAUCAAAUGGAAGAAAAACUAACUGUUUCCAUGUGAAUCGUGUCGUGCAGCCUCUUCACAGCAACAUGGAAAAACUUAAACCCUAUAUGACAGCAGCAGCUACACUUUAGGAGCAACUUAACUCCUGCACUCAGGAAUUAAAUUGAUAUUCAUUAAAAAUCCAACAAAACUUCAAAACAUAUUGAAAUCUUCCAUGUUUCCUUGCAGCAUGUAGCUAAAAAUAGUUUGUACAGAUGCUUUUUAAACAGCUGGCAGUGUCUGAAUCAUAUGCUGGUGUUCAGAGACAGUGCAUCACCUAGAAAUUUCUCAUUUUUACCCCUUCCACUCACCUCUUAUUUUGGAGCAAAGAGGCCUAAACUAACAAACUUGAUUUAAAAAGGCUGCAGCUUCUCAACCACUCACUGUUACGUGAAAACACGCCUGCAAAUGUUUCUGGAGUGAAACCUGGAGGAGAUGCAGGAACAGAGCACGAAACCUUUAAAGAAGCAGAUUUUUGUCCACCUAAAGUAAAAACAUAUUUGUCCCUGUAAAUAAUUAAUUUGCAACCCUGUAAAUCAUGUAAGAGCUGCUUGUAGAGCUGCAAGCCACAGCUAAUGUAAUAUUACAUCAUCACCGACGUCUGUUUUUAUCUGGUGCAGCCUGUAAGAAAUCUUGUUUGAGGUUAUUCUGAUGAUAAUUAGAUUUUAAAGCCUGAUGCACUUUGUCUGAACAUCUGUGUAGUUCAGCUGUGGAGUCGAUUUAAAGCUAACAGAGACUCUUUGUCCUGCUCAGGCCGUUCACUUUAACCCUCUGAACUCCAAGCGGGUUCUGGGCGUUUUAAGCUCCUGUCACAUUUUUACUCACUGUGGGCUCAUUCAUCAAUACUGGAAUAUAACUGGAGACUUCACACACUGUAGAUAUUUUACUACUAAGAUUUUUAAUUUGUCUCCUCUCUGCUCUGUGUAAACACAGCCUGCAGUUCAGCUGAGGAAAAUGAAUUUUUGCCAUGUGAAGCGGAGUCACUAAUGGCUUCAUGGUUGUGCCAUGGAGUGCAGAUAUUUUUUAGGUUUUACAAACUGGUCUGAGAAAAUUUAUUUUUGACAAAUUUUUAAUUGGGAUGUGUAAAGGGAUUUUAAUAAAAUAUUGGUAAAGUUUUCUGACUCAAAAGCACAUCACAGAUGAGUACUUCAAGGAAUGUUGGAAAGUUGAAAAUCCAACAUUUUAGUUUUUACAGUUUAUGGUAAAUAAAUUGUGUCAUUUGGCAACUUUUUUUUUUUUUUUUUAAAGACAACGUUCUGUUAAACCCGCCGGCGGGUUUUGGGGUUCAGAGGUUUAAACAGCAGAGAGCUCUAAUUACACGUUUCUAAUAAAAUGAAAACAAAAAUGACAAUCUACAAAGCUUCAUCAGUCAUAUAGUCGGUGGGAGUGCCGCCUGGGACGACACGUGUCUCGUAGUCUGCACUGGGUUUUAUUUAUUUUCUUCCUGCAAGCUGGAACCAUCAAAGUGUGCAGUCGUCCCCUGAACACGGAGCUUCACCUGCAGCAGAAACGUCUCCUCUGGAUCUUCUUUUUCCCUCCAGCUUGUUACUGUUCGGCAUCAGAGACGGUUCUGCAGGAAAAGGACGUGAACACGUUCUCAGGAGCCUCAGACAGGACAGACCAUCCACACCGAAUCUGAUCCUCGACCUUCGAACAGAGCAGAGAACAAGAAGCCGCUUUGUCCUGCAGCCAUAUCAGAGUGAGCGGAGCGGAGAGGAGAGGAGAGCGCCCCCUUCAGGACCGCACAGCCAGUCAGGGAUGUUCACUCGGCCCCGUCACAGUUAGAGAUAUGCAGACCUGCUGUAGCUCAGGUCCACAUAGGAGAUCCUAGUGAUGAUCAUAUUCCCAGUGUGUGUUUGAUUUGUUGUAGGGGGGAGAUAAGGGGGGCGGGUGGGAGGAAUAUUUAGUUCUGAUGUGUUUUUUCUUUUUGUGUUACUGAUCAGCAGCUGUUGAUGUUUUUAGUUUGUUGUAAAACGGAGCGGCUCGUCCUCAAACUGCCCAUCCCUGCGUGAUGAUCACACCGCCGCCGUGUCGAACUUCAGGCUCCGCCUCCACCAAAACCACACCAAGUUUGACCUGAACUUGCUAAAGGUGUUUCAUGUGUGGUGCGUUCAGGCGUUCCCCAUCACAAUCAGAAAACAAACAAAUAUUAAGAAAUGUCCCGAAACAGCUACGUUUAAAUUGAGCCGGCUUUAUUUAUGCUUGUUGAUGUUUAGUGACUUUUUUUUUCCAGCGUUUGUUGCUGCAGGUUUACUUCCUGAUUCACCUGUGAGCCACAACACCUGAACUCAAACGCCUCAGACGGUCCCACCGUUUUGAGUGUUGAAGUAAACAGGUUGCUUUUCAUGAUGCUACCUUCUGCUUCCUAUUUCCUCCUGGAAAUCGUUCCCCCUCCGCCAUCAUGGAGGAUUUUCCUGUGACUUUAAUGCACCUUGAGGAGAUGAGGAAGCUUCAGGAGGAGCUCAGAGAUGACGCUCAUUUCUCAUUUGGCAGCUUCGGCUCGUCCGUCCUCACAUCACUUCUUUACAUCUCAGCUUUUCUUAGCAUCGUGAAAAGCAGCCCCAGUGUUUGUCUUGGUAGGAGGCGGAGCCUGAAACAGGACACACCUGUCACAUCUGAUUCAGGUGUCGCUGCUCUCUGCAGCUUUUAACUCUACUUCCUCCAGCUGCGUUAACAAGGACCAAACCCGACCUGGCAGGAAUGAAACGAAUCAUUCAGAUAUUUAAUCCUUUACGAGCACAGACAGAAUGAUUAUGAGUCCAUCAGCAAUCUGAAGAUGCUUUUAUCUGUUCGUUUGUGUCCUGAAGUGUUCUGUUUGGUCCUGAUGAAGCAGCUAAUCUGACUUUGAACUAACUGCUGUAAACUUUUAGCUUUUCUUGCAUUUACACUCCUAGAAACAACACGUCUGUUUAAAAACACCUGCUCUAAUCAAAUACUGUUUUUAUAAGAUUCAGCAAAUAUCUCCUCAUGGGCCACUAGCUGUUCCUUCUGUGCAUGCUGAAAAUAAAACCCAGUGUUCAUACACAGCCUUGGCUCUGUUAAUUAGAGACAAAGUGGGACAGAUCCACCAAACGGCAGCGAGGCUCAGCUGUGAAAACGACACAUGAAAAGUUUCCAAUGUGUCGACAAGAUUCUCAAAAUGUCCUUGAAGCUGCGAGUUAUUUAUACGUAAUCCGGCAAUAUCAUGUUACCAACAGCUGCCAAUCUUAACUCUCUGGUUAGUUGUCAGUUUAAGAAGUUUUUCUAAAUUCAAGGUACCUUUUAGGAAAUAAACUUAAUUUAAAUGUUUGAAUAAGUAACCAGCUGACUCAAAUACAUUCGCUGGUUUGAAGUAACUCAAAAAUCUGUUCAAUAAACUGAAUCCCACCACCAUGAGUACAAAAAUAUUCACAAAGGCCAGCCUAGAAGAGACUAAAUGAUCAAUUAGUUAAUUUAAAAACUAUUUGGCAGAUGAAUUGAGUUGUUUGUGGGUGACGGUUCAUGAACCAUGAAUAAUGAUAGCUUAGAAGAACCUGGUGUGUGUUUAAACUGGUGUUGUUUUGGGGAGUGUAAAGGUCAAAGGUCACGUCUGUCGGACCUGCUGAGGUCAGGGUCGACUCCGGUUUUUAAGGCAAUAUUGUAAAUAGACUCUGGGCUCAGCUUCAGGUUGGCUUUUAUUUUUGAAAACAUGUUUGUUUCCUGCAGCGAGGUGGUAGUUGACCCCGUCUCCGACCUCUGACCCGGCUCCUCCGUCAGCUGUUACUCCCCUCCGUCGUCCCGUCUGUGGGGAAAAACUGUGUUUGACUUUUUGUGGUGUAACAAAAAAACAUGUCGAGGGUUUUGAAUAAAAAAUACAAAAGGAAAACUGCA